GGAAUAAAAUUCGAGGACGAAGUGCUAUUGAUGUUGCACAUGGAAUCAAAGAAAAUGUUCGUUUAAAACGUUGUAAUCUUCAAAUGAAUGGUUUUGGACCAAAUGGUGGACAAAUUUUAGCAGAUUGUAUUCAACAAAAUGCUGCAUUAGAAGAAUUUAAUAUCAGUUCGAAUAGACUCAAUACACCAAAUGCAUUUACUAUAGCCAAAGCAUUACUUGCAAAUGAUUCACUUCAAGUUUUAAAAAUUGCAGAUAAUCAAAUAAAUUCUGAUGGAGCACUUGCUAUUUUUCUUUGUGUGAAGACUAGUGAAUCAAGUAUAAUACGAGAAGUAGAUUUUUCACAUACAGUCGUUACUCAAGAAGUGUUAGAUACUUGUGAAGAUAUUGUAAGAUUAAAAGAUGGAAAAUUUCAAUAUCGAACUGGGAAAGUAACACCAAAAAUUCUUCAACCUAAUUCAAUAAGCGAAUGUUAUAUUCCCACUGAUGAACAAGUUCUUAAUAAACUACGAUCAAAAGCAGCUAAUGCAAAACCACAUGCUCCUUAA